GACUCGAAAGCGAAGCACGCGUUUCUUGAUUUAUGUGCGCGAGUUCUAGAUAGUCCAGAUAUUCUCAGACAUAUUGUUGUGAGGAGGGCUCUGUGAAACCGGGCCUAAUGAGUCCACAGGCCUGCGUGUUAAUGGCGAAUUAAUGACGGGCGAUUAAAAUGCAAUAGCCACAUGUACAGGCGCCAUAAUGAGCUGAACCAACCGACAUAGUACAGUGAACCAGUGCCAUAAAUUAGAGUGCCCUGUGUAAGUGUUGCCUACUUAGCGGCUUUUGGGCUUACGAUCUGUUUCAAGUGUUCGGGCUCUGAGACCGUUAAAACCUUUUUCAACCGCCCUACCCCGAUGUAAAGUUCUUGUGUAAAACUCAAUACGAAGGAGAUUAAAAAACAAAAUGGGGGCCAUCUGCAAAAAAGGGAAACUCUCAGUGAAAAUGAACCAAAAAUAGGGCCAAACAGAGAAAACACUUUCAUUGCUCCCCAGGCAGAGCUUAGCCGAGAGUUUUGUCCGGCUCUAAUUUGACGGAAUCGUUAGUUGACCAGUGAGCAGCAGUCCUCAUCCUGGUCCAACCCCCCGGAUUCCCAAUCCGAAUCCGGAUCGCGUGCCGACUACAAGCGUAAUAACAAUAAACUUGCGGAUAACAACCACAGAUACAGCAGCAAAAUGUCCCUGCCAUCCAGAGCCAAUUUCGGAUUACUCAACUGGCUCAUCGGCUGGCUGCUGCUGCUGUCGAUGGUCCUGCUCAGAGGAUACAGCGCUGCGUUGGCGCCCACGCCGCCCACCACGACGACAACAACAAUCUCGCCCUCCAAUCUGCUGCCCUACUUCGACUUUGAUGUGCCGCGCAACUUGACCGUAACCGUCGGCCAGACCGGCUUUCUCCACUGCCGCGUGGAACGGCUCGGCGAUAAGGAUGUCUCCUGGAUACGCAAACGUGAUCUGCAUAUCCUCACCGCCGGCGGCACCACCUAUACAUCCGAUCAGCGUUUCCAGGUUCUGCGACCCGAUGGCUCCGCCAAUUGGACACUGCAAAUCAAGUAUCCGCAGCCACGUGACUCCGGCGUCUACGAGUGCCAAAUCAACACGGAGCCCAAGAUGUCCCUGUCGUACACCUUCAACGUAGUGGAACUCAAGGCGGAAAUCUUCGGGCCCAGCGAUCUGAUGGUGAAAACGGGCAGCGACAUCAACCUAACGUGUAAAAUUAUGCAGGGACCCCACGAGCUGGGCAACAUAUUCUGGUACAAAGGCAGCGAAAUGCUCGAUGGCAAGGGCGAAAACGAAAUCGACAGCUCCAUGGCCCGGAUUCGCGUCGAGGAUGAUUGGACUGACGGGCUGACUUCGAGAUUAAAAAUCAAGCGCGCCAUGCCCGGCGAUACUGGCAACUACACCUGUGUGCCGACGGUGGCAAAAACCUCGAGCGUCUAUGUGCACGUAAUUAUUGGCGAACAUCCCGCGGCCAUGCAACACAAUUCGAGCAGCAACAGCAACAGUUUCUACUGCGGCAUCUGCUGCAUGCUGCUGAGCAUUGUGUCCUGCUGCCUGCAGCACUUUUACGAGGCGGGGUGUAGAUAUAUCCAUGCUGCGGCAGCGGUGGCAAAGUCGGCGGGACUUGGGCCCCCGAAGCGAGCAACGCUAACGACCAGUGAAACAGGAGUAAAUGCAGCAGCAGCAAAAGCAGCAGCAGCAACUGCAGCAGCAGCAGCAACAUCUACAUCAGCAACGUGCAACAUGUUGAGAGAACGCCCAGCGGCAAUUCGGAGUCUGAGAUGAAGGAAUAAUCAACACGCAGCGAAACACUAAAAAGGCAAAAACACACACAAAACACUCACAACACACACACAUAUUCAAGGUGAUUUAAGUUUUCUAUGUAUCGCAUGGGGGGUUCAAACAUAAGUACUUACUAACUUCUAAGAUGAAUGCACUUAAUGGAAAAGCAAACAUAAUAUCUGAUAAGCUAAAAAGUAUUUAACAGUGUUAAGAGUGAAUGCUAAGUCCUGGUCCGAUGGAAACCUAUGCAUUUUCGUGGGAAAUCAUAGUCUAGCUAAAUGUUUUCAGUAUAAACUCAACAUAAGAGAUAAUAAUAUGUGUUAUAUGCAUUCUUUUAAAUUUGUUAUCGAAAAAAAAAGCAACUGAUCAUCUGUGAAAGACCCAAAAAACCACAUGAAAACAAUCAGUUUACUGGAUUGCCCAAUAAUAACUAUAGAUUCGUUGAUAAAGAAUUGGUUAAGAACUUACAUUGGAUAUCUGAUAAUCUCUUUCUACAACCAAACGUCGAUUGCACACCCAUAGUAACACCUGCCACACUCCUUCAUUAUGAAAUAAGACUUACUAGCUAUAAAUAUACCCAACAGCCCAGAAACACAAACAGAAAACCCCGUUCUUUGCAAUCACAAUACCCAAAUUCUAUGCAAUCUCUAACUGCCAACGAACUCGCACUCCAGUAGCCCAUCGCAUCAAGUUGUUGGGUUGAAAUUUGCUGUAAAUAAUUGCCAUUCGAGAGAAAUUAAUUCAAGAGUACUUCGAACUAUUAGUAAGCCCUGAUUAAGAACAAAAGAUGAUUUUCCGUUCGAGUACGGCUCGGUUGCAUUGCACAUUUAUCAGUUUUAGGCAACAGCUAUCGUUAAGUACGAUUAUGAAUGUAUGUAUAGACGAUAAGUGGAUAAACUACAGGAGCGAUUACUGGAUUUCAUCCAUCAGCACUCGAAGUUAUGGUAUAAACUGUUUGUGUCUGACCCAAUUGUGGUCGAAGCUCGUUUAAUUGUACAUAAUUAGUUUUGGCUAGAAAUACAAGCAAAAAAAGAGAAAAACCAAAAACAAAAGAGGGGAAUAUUUAAAAAUAAAUGCAAUUUAUAAUUGUGCUUAUCGAUAUAAUUGAUACGAAUGCAAUGCGAAUGUGCAGGCACUGUAAAUAAAUUCAUUAGUAGUCGAAAUUGUAAUUUUAAUUAACUCUUAAACGAUAUAAACAGAUAAAACCGAUAAUUGCGAUUCUAAAGUUGCGAACCGCCCUACUUGGUAAGCCGCACACUGAGGCAAAAUUGGCAAAUUCACCAGCAAAACCAAAGAUACUAAACACAAUAAAAAUAAAACACUUCAAAUAAUAGUAAAAGAUAGUUAAAUUUAAUACGGACCCUUGGACCCAGAGCCCGCAUCUUGUAAAUAGAGUGAAUGGAAAAGCAUUAAUCAGAGCAGGCUAUUUACCAAGCUAAAUCCGUUGAGUGUCAAGUAUAAAAGUCGGCUCAAAAUUGAAAAACAAAAAAAAAA